UAAAAAAAUAAUUACAAAUGGCGUUUACGUAGAAUAGACAGAUGUGUUCACGGCCACGAUGGGCGAUGAUUCUUUGAUAUUACGAGAAGAUGGCUAUAUACGUAUGAACUUUCCUGUUGUUUCACUUACUUACCAUAGUAAUUUAAAUGUAAUAUUAGUGCGGACCAAUUAUGGCGGUGUACACGUUUUGGAUGUUAACACUGGUGUGAUUCUUCAGUCAGCCCCUUUAACAGCGGACGGUGUAGAGUACGCGUCAGGAUCUGAUCGGGUGUUCCUGUGGGACGCCAGCGGUGUCGGCGCACGGACCGACUACAAUGGAGUGUUGCUCCUACAUACAGCCUUGCAACUACCCGUGUUUCCCGCAGAGGAUAAUUGCAAAGUCAAAAUCGAGCUUGUGUUGUCCGAGGCUGUACUGUUGUACCAGUGUGUUCAAAACUUGGACUCUGAUUCCAUUGAGGGGUUGGCAGACUUUAUCGAAAAAUUGAAAUUUGCUAUUGAUAUUGAACCUGUAAGGAAAGGUGUAAAAGCACAAAAAUGGAGUACAGUAACAAUCUGCCUUCCACACUCCACCCUGCGGCUCGUCAUGAUCAGUGUGGUCCAAGAUUUAAAGGCACAAAACCGGAGGAUACCAGCGUUAGCUAUAGCAUCUGCAGUCGCCCAACGAGCCACAGACCUCAUGGUUUACACGAAGGAACUGAAGGGCUUGAUGUACUCGGAGGCGGAAAGAAAACGGACCUUUAAGAGAUGGCCGCACAUGGAUUACAAGUGGGCUCUGCCGGCUCGAAUGGCGCAAGCAGGGUUCUACCACCAGCCGUCUCCAAGUGGCGACGACCGCGCCAUGUGUUUCACAUGCAUGGUGUGUCUGGUCUGCUGGGAGAAGUCCGACGAGCCGUGGGUGGAGCACGAGCGGCACUCGCCCAACUGUCCGUUCGUACGUGGCGAGUACACGCACAACGUGCCGAUAUCGGUAACCAAUGCUACUGCGUGCGCUGUCCCUUGUCCCAAUGUGGCCAUAGUGUCAAAAGGUAACACGGGUGAUCUAAUCGCCACGGGGACCCUUGACGGGAAGGUCAGCAUUUGGAAAUUUGAUUGUGGACUCAAACUGGUCAAGUAUAUUAACCUGUCCCCAUACGAUUCCAUCUUUAGUGGGAUAUUGACAACAGAUUACAAUAAAGUGUGGUCGGCCAGCUUAGAGAAGGAUUCAUCUACUUACGGCAUAUUAUUAACGGCCAUGGCGUUCCUUGGAAUGGAAUCGCAACAAAAGACUUAUCCGCAAAAUCAAAAUUCUGAAGGCACAGAGAAGGAGACCAGUGCCACCAAACCCAAACCGUCGCUCGUGUGUGCGGUCAUAGUCACCAGAACGGUCACUACUCCUACCAAUCAACCCAUCAAAGAUGACUCCAGCAAAGCAUUAUUCGAUUCAGGAGUAACCGAUAAGUCACAAGAAAGUAUUAAAGCUAUGAAUGAUCAAAAUGAGGCCAAAAGCAAUUCCACACAGUCCAACAAGAUGAUUUUCUUGUUAACUUACGAUAUACACAGUUCACUGGCCGGUUCGAUCACGACUGUGGUUCACACUUCCAACAGCAGCAGCGGAAAUUCCAAGCCGGGCGGCAGUAAGAAGGUUUGCCCGGUCACACGGACAGACGACGCCAGCAUAUAUGACGACAUAUACCUCCAGUAUUCCGACGAGGACACAGAGCUGCCGCAAUGCACAAACACUAUGUUGGAAGAACAGAUCAGCAAUGUGAUAAAUUUGAACGCAUCCUCCAGCAAAGAGGACUGCAAGUUUUGGGAGGCGAAGAAAAUUAUAUUCACGAAACUCCACAAAGCAUUACCACCACCGCCUCCCACGGUUUUGUUGCCAGAGUUGCCAGACUCCGAACAAGGCAGCGUGUUGGAUUUCGUAGGGAAGAUUUCUCAAAUCAAAAGUUGGAAAAGUGGAAACUUGGAAUCCGCGGGCACGAAGGUGGUGGAUCAGACCGAUGCUGCACCGGGCAUCCCGAUUGCGCAGUAUUUGAACAUGGCUCUUGAAAAUGGUCCUCUCGAAAUGCCGAAUUUAAAAUGGUAUGUGGAUAGCGAUGGCAACGAAAAACCGAUGUCCGAUUUGAAAUGGCAAUACGCUGAAAUCGAUCAUGGCGAAAAGCCAGUAAAAUUAACCAAGUUCGGAAGUAUCAAAGUACCGGUACACGGUACCCAACCUGCGGCCAACAACAGCAACAACGACGGCUUCGACAGCGAUCCACCUCAGGAAGAAGCUGUGUCGCAGGGCGUCGCUGUCCAAUGCUUGAGUCUGCCGUCAAAACUAAACACAAGAGAGGACCCUAGAGUGACGCACCUAUUGCCUGUAGAAGACAAGCAACAUUUGUUAGUUGUCAUAUCGAGUAUUGAUCCUCGCGAAAUUAAACAUGACGUGGAGAGCAGCGACAGUGACACGAAAAUGGAUGUCGACGAGGUCGCCGAAAAACAAGACGAGACUGACAAUUCUGACAUAAAAGCCUAUUUCAUACUUUACAAAAUCAAUAGUGAUACUUCUAUAUAUACUUUAGAAGAUAACCCUAUAUCAUAUAUAGAGCUACCUUAUAACGAAAGCCCCGUGGACGUAUGCUUGCUGCCGGCUGAUAAACUAGGUCAGUACUCCUUCGCCUCCGUCGGCAUCGACGGGUGUUUGAGACUGUACUUCUUACCCGAUUUUAAAGUGAUAUCAGAAAAACGAGUACCCAAAGGGCAGUUUACUUCUGUUGUUUAUUGUGCGUCCGUCGAACGCCUGAGUGUUUCGACUAAGCAUGGCGUGAUAUACUUCUACGCGCUGAACAACGGUGAGGAAGACGCAGGAAGCGACGCAAACGAGGACGAGUUUGCUAACUUAGACUUUGACAUGUUGCAAAAAGCAUCGCGAGAUGAGGUUUGCGGCCCGACAACCGCACCUACAAUCAUAGCAAACAAGCCUGAACUAGACCGAAACGACCUGAAUACGCUCAUAUCGCUAAGCGGCUAUUACGGUAGGAACACUACAGUACCCUACAGUGCUGUGGUGCCAGGAUUUUGGUGCGAACUCUCGCCGGCGCAGCGCACGAGAUCUGAUCAUCAGAACAACCGGUCGUGGCGUUUACAAAACACGUCCUCCACGUGGGACGAGCACGUGUUAGAGUUGACGCUGCCGUACAGCGCUUCCCUAGCGCACAUUGAAUUCGGAUUCACUCUACAAUUUGCGAGUUCAGAGAAUUUGCCUGUAAUACAGGUGACGCUGUUGAAGCAAAAUUUGCACGGAAUAGGAUACAAAAAGGACGCCUCGUUUGGCCUGCGACCCGAUUCUCCAGUACAGCCUGUUGUAGAUGAAGCUGAGGCUGAGCAUCGAACGCCAAAUCUGGAGCAUCCUGUGAAUAGCGAAGAGUACUUGCAGUCGCAUAACGCUGAAAUUUUGGCGGGGCCAUUGUUCUUAUCUUCCGGUUUAGAUGCGACGCAGCAGUCGGGCACGCUGAUUCUCACCAGUCCGCGGCUCUAUCGUGCCAGAGGACGUACUUUCUUAAUACACAUAAAGACCUUGUUCGACCCUGACAAAGAAAUGUGUAAGGGGCCUGUUAAGGUGGCCGAGAACUCGUCAAAGAAAUUCUGUUUCAUUGGAUGCGACUGGUUGCACCAAAUAUCCAUAACGGUUCGUUCGUGUCCCCAAACACUUUUGCCCAUGGAGAAGCAACAACGAAUAGCCAUGCUCGAAUCGAACAAUUUUUUGAACAACCUGUGUAAAAUAGUCAUAAGCAAGGAUGAUAUUCUGAAGCGCAAAUAUGCACUAGACCUUAUAAUUUGGGUCAUAUCGAUUCGACUGCAACGUAUGCGUCUCGCGAAAUACGAAAAUAACGGCAAAGAGAAGGAUGCGGAAAGUGCCCUAGAAAACCAACAAUUGGAGUGUGUUGAAGUUAUCAAAGAGCAUACAGAAGCCAUGAUUAAGAACUGCAUACUCUGCGGCAAUAGAAGUAUUGCCAAAAAAUGUGUGAAGAUAAUGCUGAUCACACUAGAGGGUGUGAAAGAACUCCCGCGACGAUGGAAGACGACGUUCGAGGAGACGUUGGUGACGAGCGUGACGGCGUGCGUGCCGCUGGUGGGCGCGUGCGAGUCGCCGGGCGCGCUCAAGUGGCUCAUGGCUUUAGCGCAGCACUGCACCAGCCGCGCGCGAGCACCAGCGCUGCUGGCUAAAGGCUUCGCGCUGCUGGAGAAGACGGCGCGCUGCUUGCGGGAGCGCGCUGACCCGUAUCAUCAUUUGUUGCGGGCUAGGUUCGGUCUGUAUGGCCUGCCGCUGGAGAGCACGCGCUUCGGCGCCGAAGUGCCGGAGUUAGUGCGCGGCUCCACGGCGCCCGUUACGUACGCGAGCGUGCUGGCCGGGGAGCCGCCGGCGCCCGCGCACCCACCGCCGCAGUACCUGCUCAAGGACAUGCUCAACCAGCCCCUGGACUCCGAGGGCAUAAAAAAAAGUCAAGCUAACAAUGAAAAAUGUCGUGUGUUAGAAGGUAAAGCGAACAACAGCGCAUGGUGGGGGCUGGGGGACCUGGAAGCGGUGGCGGCCGGGCUGGGGGAGGCCACGCCCUUGCACGUGACCUGCCACCUGGCGUCGGAUGGCACCAAGCUGGAGACGGCCGCCGCCAGGCAUCCGCCCACCGUCGUCAGUGCACACUCCGCGGAUCCACAUCAGCUAUGGACGAUGUUUAAGGAGGGGAACUUCAAGAAUUUGUCGCAGGACCCAGACUCUUUGGACGACGUGGAAAGCUCCCUUAUGGAGUGUGAUCCACAGGAAAAGAUGGAAUUCACUGAAGAAAAACUGUUUAAGGAUGGUGCUCAUUGCGGCAUCCCGUGGGCCACGUUGGUGACUCGCUCGCCGCAGCACACUCUGUUCGUGGAGCGUAUGCACUCGGGCGCGCGACGAUACAUUGUGCUCGACUUCGGCCGUCACGUACGCCUUACGGAUGUGGUAAUACCGGCGUGCUCGGAUUUGGUGACGCUGUACAUAGACAUCUGGGCGAAGGGCGAAGAGACGGACUGCGAGAAACUCGCUUACGCCACGGACAUUAACACCAAACACCUUGUGCUUACCGAUAUACAGCCUCCAGCUAUUUGCAGAUAUAUGAAGAUAACAACAAUAGGGCGGUACGGCAUGGCAGCAAUGAAAUGCAAGAUACCACUGGGCUGGUUUUAUGGUGAAAUUGUUGAGAUUGACUGCAAGCAGGCGUCUGUGAACGCGCUCAAGGCUCUAUACGAAGAUUUGUCGUGCAGAUUUCGGUUAGCCACCGGAAAGCUUGUCGACUUAUUGAACCCUUACCUGGAUUUGUACAACGGGAAUGCAGCACACAUGAUGGCAUAUCUCAACCAGCCUACCGAGGCUGACCCAAAAGUGAUAGCCGCGUACCAGGAGUGCAUAGAGUUGCAACAGCAGCUUCACAACUGCAACAACAUACUGAAAGGGCUGCAGGAAACACCUGAUACCAAUGAACAAGUACUCGACAUGUUGGAUAAGGGAAAGGUGACUCCGGAGUCACUGUUGGAGACUGCCUCUACUGACAAAUUGAGGGUGAUCACAGAGAAUGUCAUCGAUUUGCUGUUGUAUUUUGUUUUCCAAAUGGAUGUGGAAUAUACCGCUGUGAGCGCCGAGUGGUGCAGGGGCGUGGUGCCCCUGUCGUGGGAGUGGGGCGGGCGCUUCGCUGCGGGCGCGGGCGCUCUGCUGGCGCAGGUGUGCGGCAGCGCGCGCUGGUGGGGCCCGCUGCUGGCCGACACGCUCGCCGAGCCGUUUGAGCGCAGGGAUGCGCCGCCGCAGCCGUUGGACAGGUGCCUUGUGGCCGUGAUGUACAUGGCCCGCAAGAGCAUGUACGCGCACGGCUCGCGCAGCGGCGGCGUCACGCACGCACUGUGCGCGCGCACGCUGGAGCUGAUGCAGGGCGCGCGCCCGCAGCCCGCGCUGCUGGCCGUCAUGCUGACUGCGCUGGCGUCCGUGCUGGACGCCGCCGUGUCGGCCACCACGAACCCGCCUACGAAGCGGAACAAUAGAUGGGACUGGGUGACGGGCGGCAAGGCGCGACCGAACACCACGGAAGGCAGCGCGCCCUCCCCGCGCUCCGCCGAGUGCAAGCUGCACCGGCGCAAGCUGCACAAGAAGCUGUUGCACCAGAUGCAGGAGUUGGAGGCUGCGCGACGAGGCAUACAGGUCGCACUCGAAGAGCAGCAGCGUGCGCGCGUAAACUUAAAAGCGCGUAUGGCGAUGAUCUGCAAGCGCGGCGGCGGCGCGGGCUCGUCGCGCUCGUCGCCCGCGCCGUCGGGCUCGGCCAGCACGCCGCGCGCGGACGAGGGCGUCAAGCUCAUCAGCCCGACGCUGGGCGGGGCGCUGGCGCACGCGCUCGUGGCGCACAUGCUCGCCAUGGACUCCACCAUGCUCGCUGACCAUCUGCUGCUGUCUGCCAAGGUGGUGGGACGGCUGUGCGCUCUGUGCGGGGACAUUUCACUGUUGGCGCCCUCCUGUAUCCUCGGCCUGGCGCGCCUCGCCGUCACGCUGCCGCCGUGGUCGAGGCACGCCGUCACCACGCUAAUGCAGGAUCUAGUGGAGCAAGAGUGCGGCGAGCUGCCUCUGCUGCCGACCGACGAGUGGGGCGGGUCGGGCUCGUCGCGCGUCACCCGCGUCGUAUACGAGGGGUAUCCGAGCAGCGGCGGGAAGGCGCCCAGAAACACCAAGAAGCUCGUCACUGUUGCAGAUAAGUUAGCGGACAGUUUUGGGCUGGAGCAGACUUGGAACGCCUACGCAAAGUCUAAAAUAAAUGCCUCAAAUUUGUUGAAAGACAUGGACGACGACCUCGCGCCUCAGUUGGCGGAGUCCGACGACUCGGAGUGUGAGGAGAAGUUGGAGCAGUACUUCUUUGACGGUCCCAAGAAGGAGUCCAGAUGUAAGACGAUUGGAGAUGGAAACAAUUGCCUGUCGACGUGUGUGGACGCGCGAUUAGAAAACGGCGCCGCGAGUGCCGGCGAGGCGUUCGCGCGGCGCGUGCUGGCGGCCACGGCGGCGGCGCUGCCGCUGGCGCUGCGCGCGCCGCCCACGCGGCCGGCGGAGGACUCGCCCUCCGACACGCCGGCCGACUCGCCGCCGCAGGAGCCCCCGCCGCUGCUGCCGCAGAACCCGCCGCUCGCGCACACGCUGUACGACGUGUUCAGGCAUCUCGCGUUGGAGUUCCCUAAUCAGACGGACUGCACGCUGCUGGAGAACGUGCUGUCGCUGUGGCUCAUCCUGAACGGGUCGGCGUGGGGCGGCGCGUGGGCGCUGGGCGCGCUCACCGUGCCCGCGGACGCGCCGCGCGUGCGCCUCGCCUCAGACACCGUGGUCGCCGUACUGCGCUCGCUCACACAAUUGGAACACGUGUCAUUGAGGUGUUGGGUGUUAUCAAUGCAGGCUUUAGCGUGGAUUGCAACUUUACCUCUUCAGACGGAGGGCCUCAUGCACACGAUGGCGCGCGUCAUCCUAGAAUGCGAGUACUUCGUGCCCGCGCUUGUUAAGUUCAUAUCCAUUGACGUCACAGCCGACGGCGCCGUCAUCACCUCCGAACCUUAUCUGGGUGGAGCCGGUAUCGGUGCUGGUGCAGGCGCUGCAUCCGCCCUCCAAUCUGUCCUUUCGCGGGUAGUGAAAGCUAGAGGUGCUCUCGGGGCCUUGGUGUCCCUUAGGGUACUGACCGCCAUCUGGACGAGGCCGGCCAACCCCAGCGCCGCGCCACCCGUGUCACACUCGGCGUUAGACUUGCAUGCGGCGCUGCUCAGGGCGGCGCACUCACUGCUGCCGGCGCUAACGUAUAGACAAGUCAGACACGCGCUGCCGCUUAUUGAAGCUAUUGCCGACCAGUGCGGCUGCUGGAUCCGCGAGAGCAGCGGCUGGCGGCCGGAGCCGGGCGGCGGCGGCGGCAACAACAACGUGCCGGCGGGCGGCGAGGCGCGCCUGUCGGGGCUGCUGGCCGACGUGCUGGCCGGCAACAACCGCCGCGCGCCGCUGCGCCGCGCCGUGCUGCAGCACCUGCUGCUGUACUCGCGCCGCCUGCUGGCGCUGCCGCUGCCCCCGCCCGCCGCGCCCGCCGCGUCCGCCACGCCCGCCGCCGGCAGCGGCACUCAGUCGUCCGCUACGAGUCCCGGUGGGACCGGCGGCGACAUAUCGCAGACAGACGAGAGCAAGGCGCAGAACAGCGCAGUGCAGGACGGCACCAACAUGGAGGACGAGCGGAAACAGCAAGCGCCUAAGACGCCCUGUCUCGCUGACACUGUAUUACAACAUCCUGAAAUAAUGCAAAAGUUCUACAAGACGUUAUCAGUCUGCGACGGAAUGAACGCAUUGGUAUUAAGUAUGGGCGGGAACGGCGCAAGCAGCGCGGAGCAGUGGUCGUUGAAGGAAGAAGUGUUUUGGUUGGUGGCCAAGUUGCCGGCGCUCGCCGCCAAUCCUACGCUAAUGCUGCCUAGCCUUAUGGAAUAUCUAAGGAAGGACGAGACGGUGAAGCUAUCCCAGGGCAUGCAGCAGUUGAUCGUGCGCGCGCUGGAGCGGCCUGAGUUGCUCGCCGCGUUUGUGGAGUCGGGCGGGCUGGAGUUGGCUCUCGACAAACUAGCGGCCUGCCAUCAGGCGGGCCCCAGCAGCAACCAAGGGUUGGUGUCGUCUCUCAUGAACCACCUGAAGCUGCCGCCACAGCUGGUCAACAUGUCCAUACCCGCGUCCGGCAGCAAGAAGAGCCAGCCGCCCGUUUUGGAAGCUGCGAAUGGCCUCAUCAAUAUUGCACCACUCUGCACAGUGACGUGCGGCAACCCCACGGCGCAGUCCGCGGACGUGCUGCUGGGCGGCAGCGGCGCGAGCGGCGCAUGCGCAGCGCGGCGGGUGCGCGCCGCCGCCUGGUCCUACCACUUUUUCAGCGCGGACGACGCGUCGCUCACCGUCACCAUCAACUUGCCGUACGCCGCCGCGCUGCACGAAGUCCACCUGCAACCGCAUCUCACUAGCCUUGCGACGUGUCCGGGUGCAGUGGGCGUCGAGGCCGGGUGCGGGGGCACGGUGGCCCCGCUCGGUGCCCCCCAGAACACGGCGGGCAUGACCUUCAUCCGCCUGGUGUUGGUGCGACCCGUUAUAGUCAACACGGUGACCCUCCGCCUGUACAAGCCGCGCGACAGCUCCAACAUGGGCCUGCUGCAGCUGCGGUUGCUGACCGGACCGGCCUUCGCUGCUUCGCCGGAUCAGCAAGAGCGACAAGAGAACCGCUGGGCGCGCAUAGUGUGGGAGUGCACGCGCACGCGGCUGGAGAGCAACCGCUGGGCGGCGCUGGGCAGUGCGGGCGCGGUGAGCGCGCUGUGCUCGUGCGUGGUGGCCGGCGGCGGCGCGGCGCAGUACGCGCACCGGGCGCUGCUGGCAGCCGCGCGCGCCGAGCCCGCGUUGCGCGACCCGCUCGUCACGGCGCUGCUCAACAUGGACGCGCACGCGCACGCACACGCGUUCCAGCCAUCCGCCGGCAAGGGCGCGGGCGGGCGCUGGGCGGGCAGCAUGGGCGGCGUGUGCGCGCUGGCGGCGGCGCUGUGCCGCUGGUGUCCGCAAGGCAGCGUGCACGCGUACGUGCGCUGGCUCGCCGCAUCUGCCGAGCGCGCGCUGCGCGACCGCGCGCCGCCCUCCGCUGCGUUGGUGCACACGCUCGCCGCGGUACUUUGGACACUUAAAGAAGAACGACUUUUAGAAAAUUUGGAAGAAAUGAUAACCGAGGGCCUGUUUGAACUGAUCUACACGUGGGUCAAAGAUGUACCGGAAUCGAAUCUACUUAAAAAAUCUUUAGACGCAGUAUUAUGUUCCAUGUGCUACAUACGGCCAGAGUUGUUCAAGCUUCUUUUGGAACAGAUGGAAAUACCAAUGGACACAGAUGAAAGUAUGGAGGGCCUAACCGACGACACGAAGGUGGGUCGGCCGACGCAGGCGUCCACGUCGCACGAGAGCUCGAGCGCGAGUGAGGACAGCGGCAUGGUGGCGCGCCUGCGCGGCUGGCAGCUGCGCACCGUGGCCGCCGCCGCCAUGUCGCCCGCGGCCACCCUGACGCUGCUGCACUGCCCGCUGCCCGCGGCGCUUGUGCGCGCCGUAGCGAACUUUAGUGAAGCGAAACUGGCACUGAUGAUGGCUCAAAGCGGAUCGGGUGAUGAUGUUCACAUGACUGACUCGGACAGCAAUGAAUAUAAACGGUUACAAGGUUUGCCAUCAAUGAAGAGUAUAUGCGACAUAGUGGAGUGGGCGCGGCUGGUGUGCGCCGAGCGGCGCGUCAAAGAGUGGCUGGGCGGCGACGGCGCCGCCUUCUGGCGCCCGCUGCUGCGUCUGCUGUGCCACCCCCGCCCACAGAACUGUACAUGGCAAGAAAGCGCGCAGUACGCCCAGCUAGAGGAGAGCACGAUCCGACUGUUUGCGGAGCUCACCGUGUGCCACACCGCCAACCAGAAGCUGUUCGCUUCUACACUGCACAGUAUUCUAUACGAGUCCAUGCAGUAUACAGGUCCAGAUGGCCUUUCGGGCUUCACGCGCGCGCUCAUCCUGCGGCUGGUGCUGUCGGGCGAGCGCGCGACGGUGGCGCUGCGCUGGGCGGGCGGGGCGGGCGCGGCGGGGGGCGCGGGCAGCCCCGCCCUGCCGCCGCACGCCGCGCCGCCGCACCCCGCUGCCGCGCACCACACGCUGCACCUGCCGCUGCACACCACCGUGCGCACGCUGCUGCAGGACCACCGCCCGCAGAUGCCACUGUUCGAGGAGGCGUCUCGGCUGUGCGCCGGCGGUAGCGCUGGAUCCGGCGCGGGCGGGCCUGGCGCGGUGUUGCGCAGCGCGUCCGACCCCAACAUCACGGUGGCCGAGGCGUGGGAGCUGUCGCUCGCCGCCGCCAGCGCCUCCAAGGACAAGCGCGUCAAGGACGUGAAGAACACCUCGCUUAAGCAGCAGGGCAACAAGAAGAGGCAAUCCAAGGCCAGCAAUGAUACCAAUACGCUCUCUGUCAGCGAUGAAAUAAUCGAGUCAACAAUAAGGGUGCAAGUGGAGGGGUUGGAGGGCUUCAUACCGCCGAGCACCACGCUCGCGCAGCUCACCGCCGCCGUGCCGCACGUGUUCGGCCCGCAUCUCACGCUCAACUUGCAUAUUAACACUAGCGGAGAACCGUGGACGGGUCCGAUGUGGGAGGGCGGCAGCGAGGCGGGCGCGGCGAGCGGCACGUGCGCCGGCGGCACCGUGCUGCGCGAGUUCGGCGCGUGCGGCGGCCUGGCGCUGGUGGCGGCGCGCCUGCCGCGCCCGCACGCCGCGCCCGCGCCGCCGCCCGCGCCCGCCGCGCACCACGACCUCGACUGGGUCAAGCUGGACGACGUCUACGAGGAGGUGGUGGAAAUGGGCGUGACUUCAGCCGGCACCGUGGGCGGCAGCAGCGCCAGCAGCGAGGAGGCGCACGGCUGCGCGGGCGUCCCCGCACACGCUCUGGUCGCGCUAGCGCUGCUACUGAAGCUGCCCGGCUACGCGGCCGCUCUGCUGGACGAGGGCGCGCGAGCCGUGCACUUGCUGCGACUGCUGCUCGGUGUGGCGCAUGACGAGGAAGGACACAACAUAGUGGUGGGCGGCAGCAACGGUGGCAACGGCGCCGCGUCGCUCGGCACGCUGCCGUUCCGCGUGGUCGCGCAGCUGCUGGAGGCGGCGCCGCGCGCUGCCCCCGCCGGCCGCUCGCUGCGGGUCGCUCUGCUGCAGCUGGGCGCCGUGCGGCUCGUGCUGGCCUGCCUGGCGGUGUUUACCCACCAUCGCCCCACUGCACAGAAUAGUCAGAACUCGAACGGUUCGAGCAAAGAUGGCACGCGCGAGGAGAAGGCGCAGCUGUACUGGGCCAAGGGCACGGGCUUCGGCACGGGCUCCACGCAGCAGAGCUGGAACGUGGAGCAGGCGCUGGUGCGGCAGCGGCUCGAGGAGGAGCACGUCACUGUGUUACUGCAGGUAUUAGUAUCGUAUAUGAAUCCCGGAGAGAAGUGGCCGCCCGAGGAGGGCUCGCAGGAGGAGAGCGAGGAGGCCGAGGAGAGUGAGGAGGGAGACUCGCACGAACUGCCCGCCGAGUUCAUCGACUUGGUGGCAAGCAGCUCACUGGUGCCUGCCAUAUGCUCGUACCUUAGGAAUGACUCAGUGCUGGACAUGUCGCGGCACAUCCCGCUGUACGUGAGCGUGCUGCGAGCCGUGCGAGCGCUGCGUGCGCUGCGCUGCCGCCGCCUGGCGCCCGCCCUGCGCGCGCUGCCCAGGCUACUGGCCAGCAUGAGCCGCACCACCAACUCCUACGCCACCAAGCUCAGAAUGAGCAAAAAGAACAUAUUCGGAAAGAUGACUUAUAGCCAAAGAUUUAGUACGUCAAGUACAUCGGAAUUGUCUGAGGAGGACGAAGGACUUGCGCUGCUCAUUGCCGAUAUACAGGCGACGUCGGCACUGGUGUGCCGCUCGGAGGGCGAGGCGGAGGGCGGCGGCAUCGCUCGCCCGCUGCACGGCGCCACGCGGGAGGCGCGCUACAUCGACCUCAUGCGCACCAUGCAGUUUGAGACAUUCGAGAUGAUGGCGGAGAGCACGGAGGGCGGGUUCCGGUUCACGGUGCCGUACCACUUCGAGGCCACGGUGCGCGCGGCGGGCGAGCGGGCGCACCCGGCGCGCAUGAAGCGGCUGGCGCAGGAGGCCGCCACGCUGGCCACCAGCCUGCCGCUGUCAUACUCCUCCUCCGUGUUCGUGCGCACCGACACCGACCGCCUCGACGUCAUGAAGGUGCUGAUCACGGGCCCGUCGGACACGCCGUACGCCAACGGCUGCUUCAUCCUGGACGUGUACUUCCCGGCGGAGUACCCCGCGGUGCCCAUGCUCAUCAACCUGGAGACGACGGGCCGGCACUCGGUGCGCUUCAACCCCAACCUGUACAACGACGGCAAGGUGUGCCUGUCCGUGCUCAACACGUGGCACGGCCGCCCCGAGGAGAAGUGGAACGCGCACACCUCCAGCUUCCUGCAGGUGCUGGUGUCGAUCCAGUCGCUGAUCCUGGUGCCGGAGCCGUACUUCAACGAGCCGGGCUACGAGCGCAGCCGCGGCACGCGCGUCGGCAACAGCGCCAGCCUCGAGUACAACUCCAACAUCUACCAGGCGUGCGUGCGCUGGGCCAUGCUCGACCAUCUGCGCGCGCCGGAGUCAUGCUUUAAAGAGGUGAUUCAAACGCACUUCUGGAUAAAGCGGAACGAAAUAAUGCAGACCGUGGCCAACUGGAUCACUGAGCUGGAGGGGCAGACGGGCGACGAGCGCACGCAGCGCAACAUACAGCUCAACCUCAUGGCGCUCAAGCGGCAUUACGUGAAAUUGCACGAAGAGCUGGCCAGGUUGCCCAUGCCGCCCGGCCUCGACGACCUGGACGAGCCCUUCAAGCUGCCCGCCGUGCCGCCGUCCCCGCCCAUGGUGACCGCGGCGUCGAUGGCGGCCGCACUCGCCGCCCAGUCCACGACCCCCGCGCCCGUCGUGCCAGACCCCGCAACGCCGCAGCCCCCUCAGACCUCCGACGAGAUCGACCACGACAUGGAAAAGAUCGUCGCGCAAGUCCUCGACUGAGCCAGCACCGGCCCCGCGUAGAUGUCACCUCAGCGAUGACGACGAUGAUUUUUUUUUGUAGAUAACUAUCGUAUCACAAUUACACCCGUCGUUGCGUCGAUUAUUUAUUAUGAACUGACGAGCACGAGAUAUAAAGCAUUUCCUGUCGUACUGUAGUUGUAACUAAAUGUUGUUUAUGUUAUGCGACUUGUACAAAUCGUUUGAAGCUUUGUCCCGACUCGCGUCGCGUGCGGACGACGCGUUUGACUCGAUAGGCGUGUUUGUGUUUUGCGUAUUUAUUUGACGUGCGCGUUCAUUGUUUACGUGUAUGGUUUGUUCGUCACAUGGUUUUCCUUUUGUUAUUAAAGCGAAACUUCUCGGUAGGGUGAUGGAGAAUUGAUGGAAAUUGUUUAACACCGGCUCGGACUGAUCUGGAUCAAUCAAGGCGUAGACCUAGGAUCCGGAUCCAGACCGCACUCGAACUGAACAGGAGUUAUAUAUACACAAAACGUAUCACUUAAUUCGUUUUCCUUUUUUUUUUUAAUAAUUUUAUUAAUUGUAUACAUAGUUUAGUGGACCUUGUUUUAGUUUAACAUAUUGUGAUACUAAGGGCUCGCUACCCAGUAAGGUAGAUAAGACAGCAUCCGGGCCGGGACGUCCAGUAGUCCGACAGUGCCGGUCGUCCGCCGCUCGCGCGCACGCGUCGCCUCACAGCUCAAGACUAAUUACAUAAGGACUAGUAUUGCACCCAAAUUCAAAAGCUAUAUAGCUAAUCAUAUACUAAACUAGAAGUUGUACUUUAACUUCAACUACACAGAAAGAUAUUUUUACAGAUCUCUUUAACCCAUUACAACCAGUGGCGUGCAUUUCAUAGAUGCAUAACCGCAAUGCAUACCCUGAUAAUUCAUUACUUAACUGUCUUGAAGGAGAAAUUUUCCAUUUUGUGCAAUUUUUACCUAUAGGUGUAUACCCAGUAGUUAGAAACCUUGUGCACGCCACUGAUUCAACUAUGAAACAUUGAUUCUAUAAAUUAUAAAGAGACAAUUUUUGUAAUCGCAUUGGAUCGUUGAUCAUAUACUUUGACAGAGAAGUAACGUCUAGCGAGGUCCUUGUGUAAUUAGUCUGAGCGUCACCGCGCUGCCCGCACACUCGUCUCGCUCGGGCGAACCGCUUACCGCCCGAGCGCCGCUGUCUACACUGUAUGUAUAUUAAAUUAUAAUUUGAUGUAUAUAAACUUAUAUUGCGUCUUUAUUUUUGUAUUUAAGAGUAUAUAUAUACGUAUUGUGGUAUAAUCCUUUUAGGGCACUCCCGCGCGCAGUGGAGUUAUAUAAAUUAGUGUAGUAGUAAAUUAUGUACAGGCCUAGCCGAGACAGUAAUUAUUGUAAAGCCGACUGUGGGAUGUGGCAUAAAUAAUUGACAACACUGGUACAGUGAUGCUUAAAUUAUAGUUAAAGCUCGUUGAUGACACUCCCAUGAUAUGCGGGCGACGAGGGAAGGACUGCGCGGGUGUAAAGUUGUGCGCGUGGGGCAGAGGAAGUGGGGUGCAUCAGUUGAGUUUAUCUGUCAUCGCUACCUGCCUCCCGGCCCCCGCGGACCAUCGGGAGUGUUACGAACGAGCUUGUCAAGCUAUUUGUUUCGUUCAGGAAAGUCUGAUUGUUAGAACUAAUUAUUUAUUAACAUUAGCAUGUUACUUAUUUUGUUUAAGCUAUUUAGCUAAAUCUCACUUAAAUAAGUAUUUAAUAUGUCAAGAUAUUUAUGUAUUGUCUUCAACUAGGACAACUUCUUCAACUUUUUGAAGUUCGUUUCGUUCAUUUGUUCGGUCUUUUGUUUUCAUAAUAAUUGAAAAAUAUAAAUGUGCACCCAAUACUUACGACACUAGUACGCGUUGUUUAAAGGAAUAAAGCAAAUAGGAGACAUUGACGCGUAUCAUUUAUAGAAGGGGAGCUCGGGAUGCUAAAUUUUGCAGUCACUAUAGCGUCAUUGGAAUAGUUUAGAUUUGGUAGAUUAGAUGAUAGAAAGAAUAAAUUUUUAUAUACUUAUUUCGCUUUCAGCGGUGGUGAAAAAAACGACAGACAAUUUUUAUUACUUUGAAUAUUGAAAUCAUCAGAAAACAUGAGCGAUUAUUCAGGAGAUUAUUUCAUUCAAAAUAAGUAAAAAAUUAACCGCAAUCGUGGCUCUAAAACAAAUAUAAGGGUUUUAUUUUGUAACUUUGGAACCCUCCUGUUCCAUUACGUUACGCUCAAAUCGUCAGAUUUUCGAAAUGCACACCUUUUAGCUAUCAACUCACCUACCUUAUCAUAAUCUGACGUGGUGGUUGAGUAUUUUUUUGGUUGUCCUAAAUAUAUUAUACAAAUGUCAAAGCUCCCGUUCCCGUGAUCAAUUCUCGAACAUCGCAGUUUUGUUGGGCACAUCGAAGACCACGAGAUACUUUAACUUUAGGGUUUCGUACCUCGAAAAAUACUAUGUCGCUACUACUUUGGGAUUUAGGCACUUUUGAUCUAGAAAAAUCUGUGUGCCUAGUGGGAGUUUUCAUACUGUUACUAUCGCGUUUAAACGCGAAUUUAUAUGGAAUUGAAACAGUUGUGCAGUAGUGCCACUAGAUGGCGCUGUUUCAAUUAGAAAUUCGCGUUUACGUUAACGCGAUAGUAACAGUAUCAAACUGCCACUAGGCCCUCUGAAACUACGCCAGAAGACUAUGUCUGCAGUAGUUUUGUAGGAAAACUCGACGAGUCCGACUUGCACUCGUCCGUUUUUUUUUUUUUUGCAUUGUUGCUUGAGGAAUAAUCUAAUCCCGACUGAUUUCGGUAUAGUGUUCGAGCAUUGCAGAAGAUUAUUGUUACUCUUCCUCGAUGCUCUGUCCUGCGGUCCGUCAGUAUGCGUUGACCAUAAGUCGAUCCUACGACGGGAUUAUUGUCGGGACGGGUGACGCGUGCGGGAGGGGUAAACACCGUUCUCGAUGGUGUUCUUUCACGUGUCGUCCCGUCCUGCCCGUUAUCCCGUCCAGUGGCGGAUUUACAAAGUUGCUGCCAGUAAGUUUUUAAAUUGACCUCGGAAUUCGGUACCCUAGUUCGCAAUCAAAAUAAUUAAAAUUUCCUAUCAAUAAUAUACGACGAUAAUAGAGAGCCGUGUUAGCUCAGUGGAUAUGACCUCUGCCUCCGAUUCCGGAGGGUGUGGGUUCGAAUCCGGUCCGGGUCAUGCUCCUCCAACUUUUCAGUUGUGUGCAUUUUAAGAAUUUAAAUAUCACGCGUCUCAAACGGUGAAGGCAAACAUCGUGAGGAAACCUGUAUACCAGAGAAUUUUCUUAAUUCUCUGCGUGUGUGAAGUCUGCCAAUCCGCAUUGGGCCAGCGUGGUGGACUAUUGGCCAAACCAAUAUGUGACCUCUCAUUCUUAGAGGAGACUAGCUCAGCAGUGAGCUGAAUAUGGGUUAAUGAUGAGUUUUUUAAUUGUAUUUGAAAAUAUAAAAUAUUUUUUUUACCGACUUCAAAUAAAAGGAGGAGGUUCUCAAUUCAAUUUUAUGUUUUUGUUAAGUUAUAUACGAGUAUGACGAAACUAUUAAUUUUCAGUAUUCGUUUUUUUGUAAGACGGGCCAAAUCUGUCGCCCUAGGCUCUAGCGUACUACUUAGCCUGCUAGUAAAUCCGCCACUGAUCCUGUCAUCUGUAUUUUAAACGAGGCGGUGACAAGCAGUCAUCUUAUCAUCAUCUCGCAUUUCAUACGUAUACUACGACCUUAAAUGACCAAUUAUUUAUGCUACAUCGUAUUGAAUCGGUUCCGUUUUCAACCAAUGCGGUGCAGUCGCCCUGGAUAUUGAUUGAUGGACAUAUUGAUGUAUGUACAUACGUGUAUUGUCAUCAUAUUAUUAUGUUAGCAGUUAGCUCACCCAUUGUCUCACUGUAUUCUAAUUGUCGGGUAAGAUAUACGUAGGACGUUUACUUUGUUAUAAUAUUAUACCUAUAUGACUGUGAAUUUCGGGAUGUAAAUAAAAAUUUAUGUUAUUGCA